AAGAAUUAUUUCGACGUUGCAACGGUCAUCGAGCGGCGUGCAUGUAACAAUUUUUGCGGCAAAAUCCUCAGUGAUAUAGCGGGAUGCUCAUCGACUUUUCAUCUUCUCAAAUAAACAGGACUUCGCUUCUUUCCUGUGAUGCCCAUUUGAAAGGUGGCAGCACGAUCCGGAAGGUGAAAGUCCCACGAUGAAGAGGGAAGGAGUGGUGGUGCACAUAUAGAGGGGCGGAGAGGGCGCGGCUUGUCCAGACGUUCUCUGUCCUGACGACGACGACGAUGUCGCCGAAGUUGAUAUUUCUGCUGGGAUCCCUGUGUCUACUCGCCGGGACGCAGGUCAGAGCGCAAGAUGACGAAGGCGGCGACGGGACUGACGCAAACGCCGAGGAACUUUGUCAGGACAGGCCGGGCGACGAGUACUUUCGCUUGAGCGUCGAAGGCGACUGUCGGGAUGUCGUGAGGUGCGAUAAAGCCACCGAGAUCGGCGUGACCAGGCUGGCGACGGUGCGGUGCCCGACCGGUCUCGCGUUCGACAUCGAGCGGCAGACCUGCGACUGGAAGACGAACGUGAAGAACUGCGAUCAGCUGGAGAAGCCGCGUAAGGUCUUGCCCAUCCUCAAGACCGAUGAGCCCGUUUGCCCGGAGGGGAAAUUGUCGUGCGGUAACGGCGAGUGCGUCGACAAGGAGCUCUUCUGCAAUGGCAAGCCCGACUGCAAGGACGAGUCCGACGAGAAUGCCUGCACCGUGGAGACCGAUCCCAACCGCGCUCCGGAUUGCGACCCCACGCAAUGCGUCCUGCCCGAUUGCUACUGCUCGGCCGACGGCACCCGUAUACCCGGCAACAUCGAUCCCCAGCAAGUGCCGCAGAUGAUCACGAUCACCUUCAACGGCGCCGUGAACGUCGACAACAUCGACCUCUACGACGAGGUCUUCAACGGGCAGCGUCAGAACCCGAACGGCUGCCAGAUCCGCGGUACGUUCUUCGUCUCUCACAAGUACACCAACUACUCGGCGGUGCAGGAUCUCCAUCGGCGCGGCCAUGAGAUCGCCGUGUUCUCGCUGACGCACAAGGAGGACCCGCAGUACUGGAGCCAGGGCACGUACGAUGACUGGCUGGCGGAGAUGGCCGGCGCUCGGCUGAUCAUCGAGCGCUUCGCCAACAUCACCGACGGCUCCAUCAUCGGCGUGCGCGCCCCCUACCUCAGGGUCGGCGGUAACAAGCAGUUCGAGAUGAUGGCCGAUCAGUUCUUCGUGUACGACGCCUCCAUCACCGCGUCGCUCGGACGCGUGCCGAUCUGGCCGUACACGCUGUACUUCAGGAUGCCGCACCGGUGCAACGGCAACGGCGGCAACUGCCCGUCGCGGUCGCAUCCGGUCUGGGAGAUGGUGAUGAACGAGCUGGACCGCAGGGACGAUCCCACCUUCGACGAGUCCCUGCCGGGUUGCCACAUGGUCGACUCCUGCUCUAACAUCCAGACCGGCGAGCAGUUCGCGAGACUGCUCAGGCACAACUUCAACAGGCACUUCAACAGCAACCGGGCGCCGCUCGGUCUGCACUUCCACGCGUCCUGGCUGAAGAGCAAGAAGGAGUACAAGGACGAGCUGAUCAAGUUCAUCGAGGAAAUGAUCGCCAGGAGCGACGUGUACUUCGUCACGAUGGUUCAGGUAAUUAAGUGGAUGCAGCAGCCCACCGAGCUCUCCGCGCUCAGAGAUUUCCAAGACUGGAAGGAGACCUGCGACGAGAAGGGCCUGCCCUACUGCUCGUUGCCCAACGCUUGCCCGCUGACGACCAGAGAGCUGCCCGGCGAGACCCUGCGUCUCUUCACCUGCAUGGAGUGCCCCAACAACUAUCCGUGGCUGCUGGACCCGACCGGCGACGGCUUCUCCGCGAGGAAGUGAUCCGUCCGUUCCGCGAAAAAACGAGCGACGCGCCGACGCGUCGACCGGUCGCGCGAUCCGGUUAUCAGAGAUCGAUCGUUUUUUUUUUCCGGCGAGUCCGGAAAAACCACGUCGGAUAAGACAGUGGUAAUCGACCGAGGCGAAACCGAGGAAACGAGGGCGCAGCUCUGAAAGACACGGAGAAAGCAAUCGGGCGACGGGCGCGCGGUUGAGGCGCGUCGAUUUCGGGCGAGAUCUCGGGCGAAUCGUCUUAUCACGAUUAGAAAGCGUCAUCUCUGCCGCCUCGAAGACACGAGCCGUAACACUAAUAUUAAAAGUGGAGCGAAGCGCCUCUGCUUUCGCAAAGGGGAAACGCACCGCGCCCGGUUUCUCUUCCGCGACUUGACUAUAAUUAUUAUUAUUAUUAUUUAUGUAAAUUAGGAUCGGUUUAAAAAACGCACAAUCGCCGCAUACGGUCGCGAUGAUGUCCGCGUAUCGAUUUCUCGUGAGGGAAACGGCCAUCGCGCGCAUACGAUCAUCGACGAGUCACGCGGGGAAAAGCUCGUUUCCUUCCUGCCCGCAUGACGGAGAGCGCGGCGGAGCCACGUCGUCUCGAGUUGCGACUCCCAAAAAUCGAUACUCCAUGAGAACGAAACAAUCCACGGGGACGUCCCACUUGUACAUACAUACAUAGCCACCGGAUCCUUGCCCUCCCAAUUCUCGUCCUCGUUGCUUUCUAGAAACACUUGUACGCGAAACGAUACAACGGAGCCUUGCGGCCGAUGAAGCGAAAGACGAUAAGCUGAAUGUACCAUCCCGUGCCUCUCUGAACAUGUACUCCUUAGAAUUUAAGCGACGCGCGACAUUCUAAGUACAUAAUUUUUAGUGUCUUUACAAUAUUUCCGAAUAAAAACUGUACGUACAAAAA